UAGCGGCACACACAGGUUGUGCCACCUGGUCUUGACCUCCUGCAGCUCGUGCGGACUCUAAGGAUACAACUCUCAGGCUGGGAAGGAAUGAGUCUCCCUGACGUGGCGCAGCGAAGGAGUUCUGUACGCCAUGAACCCUCACUCGACUGGCCCCCGACACCCGACGCCCUGAGGCCUUCACCCUUCCCGCACCCCGCGCUACAAGCCCUCAACAGCUUAUCCCUCAUGCUGCUCUUCCCAGCCUACUGGUCUCUGGACCAGUUGCUGGGCUGCUGGGCACCAAUGGCACGAUCCAGCAGCUUGGGGUGGCUCAAAGUCCUGGCAGGAAGUGGGGCGGCGUUGCUAUCGCUGAUGGUAGUUGGACUACCCCUGGCGAUGUUUGGCCUGGUGCUCUGGCUGCCCCUACAGGUCUGCCGCCGCCCCUUCUGCUACCAGCCCCCUCCGGCCUGCUGGGUGUGGCCACAGCCCUGGCACCCGCCUGCUGAGCGCGUGCGCUGCUUUGUCUUUUUCAGUGCCAAUCUGUGCCUGCUCCCGGAUGGGCUGGCACGCUUCAGCAACCUGUCGCACAGCCAGCAGCGUGCAGAGGCCAUUGGCGCCGCACUGCUAGGUAGCCUUCGAACAUCACACUAUGGGGCUACCGGAUGCAGCCAGCCGCUGUCUGAGAUGCCUGGUGGUGUGCUGAGGGCCACAAUACCCACGGGUUUGGACUUUGUGUGCCUGCAGGAAGUGUUUGAUCUCCGAGCAGCUCGUCGUCUUGUGCAUGCCUUGGGGCCAAAUCUGGGCCCAGUGCUAUACGAUGUGGGCACAUUUGGCUUACUGCCCGGGCCGUACUUCAAGGUUCUGGGCAGUGGGCUUCUACUAGCCUCGCGCUACCCGCUGCUGCGCGCCACCUUCCGUUGCUUUCCUGAUGCUCGUCGCGAGGACGCCAUGGCCUCCAAAGGUCUACUAUCUGCCCAGGCACAACUGGGCAUCCUGGACGGGCGCCGUAUCGUGGGAUACCUUCAUUGCACACACUUGCAGGCACCCGCUGAAGACGGGCAUGUUCGCUGCAAACAGAUGACACUGCUGCUGGAAUGGGUGGAGGAGUUUGAGGCUGAGAGCCGCCAGAGUGGUGAGGCUGUAGCCUUCAGCGUCCUCUUAGGAGACCUAAACUUUGACAACAGCUCACAAGGUGAGAAACUGGGGCAGGUGGAGCCGAGAGACCCGGCUCUGCCCGCUAAGAAACGGUUUUCCUCUACAGAUCACGCAAGGGAGCAGGGCCACAAACUCUUCAGCUGUUUCCAGGACCCCUGCCGGCUGGGCAUCCGCCAGGAGCAGCCCUGGGCCUUGGGGACGAUUUUGAGCACAUCCAUGCUACGCCAUGCCACUGCCAGCUCCCCAGAGAUGCUUCGGAGGGCCCUGGAGCAGGAAAAAGGGCGCCGCCUCUACCUGGCAGGAAGUAGAAGUCACUCCGGUAAAUCCUGGCAGGGCCGGCGCCUGGACUAUAUCACCUACCGCGGAAUACCCGCAAGUGGCCUGAGUCCAGAGAUGGAGCAGGUGACUUUCAGUACUGCGCUGGCUGGGCUCACAGACCACUUAGCUGUGGGCCUGAAGCUUCAAGUUGUGUGCUCCUGAUGCUGGCACACAAAGUGAUGACUGCCAAGAAAGACCACCACGAAGCUGAUCCCAAUAACCGUGCAACUCAAAGGAUCUUUAUUGUGAGGCGCUCACACAGCUUCCUGGGCACGGCGGUACUCAUACACACUGCCGCGCUCUGGGAAGGCUGGAAAUAGUGGGGGCGAGCCUGGUGGUGGCGUUGGGUCCUCUGGGUCUCCGUAGCCCCCACCGCCAGGCGUGUGAAGGCAGAACACGUCCUGUGAAGAAGAGCAGGUUCAACACAGGUGUGGCCUUAUCCCAGUAACACAAGCAAUCACUCGGGAUCACAGAGGCCACUAGACAGCCACCCUAUUUUAAUUUGGAGUCAAAUUAAAAUUUUGCAUCUUUGUUCA